CGGCAGUCUCUUUGACCUGACGAAGUCAGCGUUCAGCAGCUUCGACACGGCCUCCGCCUCCUUAUUAUUGCCGACAUGGAACACGAGUCGCAGUCCUCGCAGCGUUUCCUCGCCGGGAACUUUGCCUGAGUUCCCCGGCGUUCGAGAUGGAUAACAGACCGGUUGGAUUCUUCUUUGUGAACCUGUUCGUGUCUUUGGCAUCCGUCGGUGUCGCCUCCGGCGCUCUGUCAACGCAGGAAUUGAACGCUCUCGGUUCGCUGAGGAAUCACUUGGCCGGCCUCCGCUCCCUAUGGGGAACGUCGGAGAGCCCGUGCCACUGGACCGGAAUCACUUGUGAGACCCUUCCUGAUCCGAUCAGUCAGACCACCCGGGUCACCCGGAUCGUGCUGGAGUCGAAGCGGCUCCAAGGUGUUAUCCCGCCGGAGAUCGGAGGCCUGGCGGCGCUCAAGGUACUGUCGCUUCGCGGCAACGAGAUCUCGGGCAGAAUUCCGGCGGAAAUUGGGGGGUGCCAGCAGCUCCAGGAGCUUAACCUGCGGGGAAACCUCCUCUCGGGCGAGGUGCCCCCCGAGCUCUCGUUGCUCCGGCGACUCAGCUCGCUCGACCUUUCGACGAACAGAUUCUCGGGCGAGAUCGCGUUUCUCGAGCGCCUCUCCGGCCUCGAGUUCCUUUCUCUCUCCAGAAAUCGGUUCGUGGGAAAGAUCCCUUCCCAAUUGAGACACUUACCCAGGCUCCGGUGGGUCGAUUUCUCAGGUAACGACCUCGAAGAGGAGGUCCCGCUCUCACUCUCACGCUCCACCGGAAAAAGGCUGCGUUUCUCCGGCAAUUCCGCGCGUGGCAUGCUCCCGUCUAUUAGGUCCCGCAAGAAUUUCUCGCCGAAGAGGUUCUUGUCCGCCGAGAACUUGUCCCCUGACUCGCCUCCAUCCGCUCAUCUCAAUGGCUCGACCCGUUCGAGGAAUAGCUCCUCGAGAUCCAGUGCCCUAUCUUCUUCCCCUGCUCCAUCUCCACAGCCCCAUCAGAAUUCUGAGCAUAAGCACAACCACAGAUUCUGGAUACUCGGGUUCGCCAUCGGAUGGCUGCUCGGAAUGGUUUUCGGCGUCAUCUUUUCCGUCAUCGUCCGGAUUAUCGUGAAGAUAAUUCGAGGGAGAAACAAGCAGACCGGUCCCAUAAUUUACAGUCCCCUGAUUAAGAAAGCAGAGCAUCUUGCAUUUCUUGAAUCCGAGGAAGGCGUCGCCUCACUGGAGAUCAUCGGAAGAGGUGGCUGUGGAGAGGUCUACAAGGCCGCAUUGCCUGGCGGCAAUGGCAAAAUGAUCGCAAUCAAAAAGGUGCAUCAUCCGGCGACGGACCCGGCGACUCUCACCGAGGAAGACACGAAGAAUCUGGACAAGAAGAUGAGGCAGAUCAAGUCGGAGUUGGAGACGGUUGGCCACAUCCGACACCGGAACUUGCUUCCUCUGCUAGCCUCUGUGGCGCGUCCUGACUGCCACUACCUCGUUUACGAGUAUAUGGAAAAUGGCAGUUUGCAGAACGCGUUAACAAAUGCUGCGGAGGGGAAAAAACCGCUGGGUUGGCCGGACAGGCAUCGGAUUGCUUUGGGAAUUGCCGCAGGGUUGAAGUACCUGCACUUCUACCACAGCCCUAGGAUCAUCCACAGGGACCUGAAGCCUGCAAACGUGCUCCUUGACGACGACCUCGAGCCGAGGAUCGCCGAUUUCGGUCUGGCGAAGUCGAUGCCAGACAUGUACACUCACGCGACCACGUCAAAUGUCGCCGGAACAUUCGGCUACAUUGCUCCGGAGUAUUACCAGACACUCAAGUUCACUGACAAGUGCGAUAUCUUCAGCUUCGGGGUGGUGCUGGCCGCGAUGGUAACUGGUAAGCAGCCAUCCGAUGAGUUCUUUCAGCACACCAAAGAGAUGAACAUGGUAAAGUGGCUGAGGAACGUGAUGUCCUCCAAAACCCCGGCGGAAGCCAUUGAUCCCAAUCUCGCUGAGUCCGGCUUCGAGGAGCAGAUGCUUCUGGUUCUCAAGAUUGCUUGCUUCUGCACCUUUGACGAAGCCAAGAGCAGGCCUAACAGCAAGGAAGUGUACAUCAUGCUAGCUCAGAUCAAGUAAGUGGUUGUAUACUUCCAUUUACUGCAAGUAAACUGCAGAACAGCAAUGGGUACACCUCGUGAAGCUACUUCUUGUCACAGAACACAGUCCUACUACCAGUUGCAGCGUAUAGACCCUUCCUUGUAUGCUUGUUGUUCUAAGUUAGUAAAGGAAUAUCUUCCGUGUACUAUUUAUGGGGUUGUGGUGCUUGGUUAGUUAUCAUGGUCACCUUUCAUGUUAGGAAUCUUAUCUAGGAGAAAAAUAAUUAGUUGCA